AUGACCAAGGUGCCAAGUGUGUGUGUAGCCUGGAUAUGGCUGGAAGGCGGAGGCCUGCCUGGACAGGGUGCUGGACCAGUGGCUGUUGAGGAUUGACAUUAUUUGUGUCACUGUCUUGUCUCCUACUUGCUUGUGACGGGAGAGAAAGCACAGAAGCACCCCUUGGGGAAAGACAUUUUCUGCUCCCACCAAGCUGGCAGGGCCUGCUUCCUGAAUCUCCUGGGUGUGUCUAAAUUACCAGUCCCGGCACCUCCUGAAAGCCCCACUCUCUCCUCCUGGUCACAGUGGAAGGAUCAUGGGAGAAACAGAAGGGAAGAAAGAUGAGGCUGAUUAUAAACGACUGCAGACCUUCCCUCUCGUCAGGCACUCGGACAUGCCAGAGGAGAUGCGAGUGGAGACCAUGGAGCUGUGUGUCACGGCCUGUGAGAAAUUCUCCAACAACAAUGAGAGCGCCGCCAAGAUGAUCAAAGAGACGAUGGACAAGAAGUUCGGUUCCUCCUGGCACGUGGUGAUCGGCGAAGGCUUCGGCUUCGAGAUCACACAUGAGGUGCCGGGUUCUGUCCCUGAUGCGGUGGGCAGGAUGCUGAGAUGCCCCCUCCGCCGGGACCAGCAGGUCUCUGGCCUCAGAAUCCUGGAUUUCUGGAGGGUCCCCAUCGCCGUGGGCUGAAGGGUGAAUAUUGUCAAGGAGACCUGAGGCGUCACUACUAGCAAGAGAGCUCUGAAAAAACUUCUUCUCGUCCCCAGGCAGGUGGACCUGCGUCUCCAGAGCCCCCAGCCUGGGGGUGGGGCGGGUGAAUCGAGAGGCCUUCCCCUGCCCCCCGACACUGGCUGCAUUCCGGUACUUCUCCCUGGGCACCCCGCAUCCAGGGUAGACGCCUGUGGUCCUCUGGACUCCAUCCACUCAGUCUGUGAGCUUCUCCUUGCCAGUCCCAGAGAUGGAGCCUCAUACAUUGGCCCGUCUGUGGCUGGGGACAGGGGGACAGUGCUAAUGACAAAGGCAGCAGAGGUUACAGGGUACUGUGAAGGGACACAUAGCCCACCCUGGGGUCCAGAGGGACUUCCUGGAGGAGAUGCCAUUGUCACUCGGAUUUGAAGGAUUUAAGAGCAUCAGUGUGUGUGUGAGUGUGUGAGUGUGUGUGAGUUAGAUGACAGUUAGCCAAAAGAGCAAAGGUAAGACAGGCUGCCAGGCAGAGGUCACAGCACCAACAGAGGCGUGGAGCCUGGGAAUAGCAUGAUGCAUGAGGGAAGUAUAGGCAAGUCGCUGAGGCUCUUAUUGGAAUUUGAGGAGAGAAAGGAGCAGACUGGGGACUGAGGUUGGGAGAAGCGGAGUGACUGAUGGAGCAUCCCCAGCUGUGGAGUCAGCCUGGCUCCCGGGCCUGUGCUCUGUCCACUAUCCCAGGCCGGCUACAGAGAGGGCACAGUUGUCAGAAUCUAGGCAUGGGUGUGGCUGGGAUCUGGGGAAAGUGGCAGAAACCACAUCAACCAGAGGUGGGUGCAGAGUCAGAGCCCGAGGGAGUCCCCUCUUCCUGGCAGAAUGUGGGGCAGCGUUCCUUCUGCCCCCUCCCCGCCCCCAAUCCCACGCCCAGCAUCGGGGGCUGGGGCCUUGCAUGGGCUGAGCUGGGAGAGCCUGGUGAGGGACAGGAGCCUGACAGGCCUGCCCCGGGACUUGGCUCACAUGGCAGUGCCUACAGCCUCCCUCCUCCCGUAGCAGACAACCGCGCGUGUGCCCCCUCCCGCGGUCCGGAGCCACUCUGCACGGCAGCCCCAUGUGUCGGAGGGCUCCGGGGCCCCCUUUCUGCCCAAAGCCAUGCUGGCCAGGGCCGCAGCUGCUGCCGCCCCCCCAGAAGUGCCUACAGCAAGAGCAAGGAGGCCAAGGGAGUCAGGGCAAACCUCUCAUCCAGGACAGCUCUGGUCCAGGCCGUGGGCCUCCCUCUCACGCCCACCAUGGUCCCCGGGCUUCUCCUCUGAGGUCUAGGGCAGUCACUGGUCAAAGAGAAAAGGAAAUGUGCUUUGGCGUCAGAAGGCCCUGGCUUUGUUAGUAACUGGCUGUGUGACCUUAAACAAAUCACAUCUCUGAGCCUUAGUUUUCUCAUCUGUAAAAUGGAGACAACAGUGACUACCAGGGAUGUUAUUCAUUCACUCAACAUAUACUUGCUGACCACUAACGGUGUGCCUGGUUCUAUAUUAGGCACUGAGGGUAUGGCAGUGAACAAAACAGGUCAAAUAGAGAACUUUCUUUUCUUUUUUUGAAGUUUAUUUAUUUAUUUGGCCGCGUUGGGUUUUCAUUGCUGCGCGCGGGCUUUCUCUCGUUGCAGAGAGACGGGGCUAGUCUUCGUUGCGGUGCGCAGGCUUCUCUUGUUGCGGAGCAUGGGCUCUAGGCAUGCGGGCUUCAGUAGUUGCGGCACAUGGGCUCCAUAGUUGUGGCUUGCAGGCUCUAGAGCGCAGGCUCAGUAGUUGUGGUGCACGGGCUUAGUUGCUCUGCAGCAUGUGGAAUCUUCCCAGACCACGGCUCAAACCCACGUCCCCUGCAUUGGCAGGCAGAUUCUUAACCACUGUGCCACCAGGGAAGUCCCAGAGAGCUUACUUUUAAGAGAAGUACCAACAAUAAAUAACAACCACAAAUAAGUAAGAUGUAGGGUGCGUUUGAUGGUGAUCUGUGGAGAAAAGGAAGCAGGGACGGGAGACUGGAGGGAGGGGAGGUGGGACAGUUCUCAACAGGGUGGUUUGAGAAGAACAAGACCUCACUGGGAAGAUGGAGAACGAGCCACGUGGCCAUCGCAGGCACAGGCUCCAGGCGGGGAGCAGCAGAGCGAAGGUUGAGGUGGGGCUGAAGAUCACGUGGGUGCCGUGCCUGGUGGGUCUGGGCGCUGCCUCUUCUCCCCGGCAGAGCUCAGGCCCCUCCAGGACAGGCAUCGUGGUCCUGCUCACUGGGAACCCCAGGGCCUGGCACAUGUUAGAUGAAUUAAUCAGUGGCCACAUCCUUUACUAGAGAAAACCAAGACCCAGAGAGGAAUAGUGCCUGAGCUGAGCUCCUUCCCCAAGCUAAGGGCACAAGUGGGAUUGGGGCCCCAUCUGCUGACAGCGCCCAGGCCCCUUCCACGACUCCCUGAGCCUGCCAGCCAUCGCCCUCCUCCGUGGGCCCAGCCUGGCCUGGCUGUCUCCCCAUCGCUGGGGUGAGCGUGGGCUGCCCAGCCCUGCUGAGCCAAGCUGCGGCCCCCUUUCCAGGCCCCCCUCUCGGGUGGGAGGGGAGCCUGGGCUGCUGUGCCGGGUCCAGGGAUCCCACCCGCUCCCCGUCGUCAGCGUGACGGUCCUGGACUUCCUCCUGGUGAGAAGCGGGUGCUGGGAAGCUGGCCAAGCCAGUUCUCCUUUUCGUCUGCUUUGGUUUGUUUUUGGCAGCAGAAUUCUUUUUUGCAAACAGCUUAGUCCAGGGAACCCCAGUGUGGGGAACAGACAGUACAGUUCAGCCCUAAUUGAGGGGAUGGAGGAAGCCUGGCCUCCAGGGGGCCCCGGAGCCCCCCAGACCUGAAGGAACACUGGGUGAGCUGCUGUCUCGGCCACAUGCUCAUCCUCCCUGGGGGCCAUGGGGCUCAGAGGUCUGAGCUCUGAGCAGCCGGUCAGCCUGGCUGGUAACCAGGCCCACUGCCCCCAGGCCUGUCCUCUGGUGCUGGGCGGGACCCGGCUCCUGACUCCCAGCUCAGUGGGUGGGCUCUGCAGGCUGCAAGCCUCCUCAUGCCUGACACCCCACUGGCCUCCCUGUGGUCCCCUGUGGCUCCCUUCACACGGCUUUAGGUGGCCUUCUCGACCUGAGCAUUUCUAGGGUGACAGUAGCUGUAAGUCUUUAAUGGGCACCCCCCUCAGUGUUACCCCGUGUCCCUGCAGGCCCUUCCUACCUUUACCUGGGAACACCCCCGGGGGAGAGCCCUGACUAGAUCUUGUCUAUCCCCCCCGCCUUAUCCCCACCCCAGGGAACCUGUGCCACUACUAUUAUGAGAAGUGCCAAAAGUUCGGCAAUGCCAACUUUCUGCUACACCUGGACAACAGUAGGAGGUUAGGCCAGGACCAACAGGGGCCUCUUGGGAGAGUGUGUGUGUGUGUGUGUGUGUGUGUGUGUGUGUGUGUCUUGGUACGUCUCUGUGUGUGUGUCUCUGUGUGUGUCUGUGUGUGUCUCGUGUGUUGUCUAUAUGUGUUUUUCUGUGUUCGUGUGUGUCUGUGUGUCUGUGUAUGUGUCUCGGUAUAUGUCUGGAGGUAACCACAAAUUUCCCUCCAUCUCUCCAAGUGCUCAGAGAGCAGGGGAGGGCUACCCUGGGGGUGUUUUGCCUGCUGUCACUGGCCGGAUUCUGAAGACGUCCAUGAACCUCCACAAGUGAGGUUCGGACACAGACACUGAGUUUCAGACCUAAGGGGGAAUGCAGAGGAUACACAGCUCCAUCCCUUCUUUAUCCUAAAAUGUGCAGCCUGCAUUCAUGACUUCACUCAUAAUAUUUCAAAUGAUUUUUUGAAAAAAUCAUUUGAAAUAAAGAUCAUUUCAUGCAACCCUCACAAUAACCCCGUGAGGCGUUAUUGUCCUCAGAGAGGCAGCCCCGAGGGCUGCACAGCCCCUGCCGCUGGGCGCUGCCACCCGAGCCCGAGCAGCUGCUUCCUGGCUUCUUGCGAAGCAGUUGCAUCAGUCACCUCGCCUGCCCCACCCCGACCCCGUAUGAGGCCACGGCUGAAUGGGCUGCAGGGACAGUCCCCUUCUGGUUCCCUCCAGGUCGGGGGUCAUUGGGUGUGAGGCCAGAGUAGCUCCCUUCAGAGAGCCUCGUGGCCCUUGGUGACCUGGCCUCCCUCCUGAUGGUUGGGACAGCAGUGACCACCCCAGGAUGGGCCCAGGAGCCCCAAGAACUAAGGAGGGGGAGCAUUUCUAGGAGCCAAAGCCCUGGUUAUUUUUCUGUUCUUCUCAAGUUCUUUCCUGCCGCCCAGCCCAGUGUCUUUUCUUUUUUGGGGGGGGGCCUUGUCGGGUGGCGUGUGGGAUCUUAACUCCCCGACCAGGGAUGGAACCCGCACCCCCUGCAGUGGAAGCUCAGACUCUUAACCACUGGAUCGCCCGGGAAGUCCCCAGUCUGGCGUCUCUGCCAGCUGCUCCAGAUCGUGGUAGGAGGGGGGGUCCCCAGCCCCGUCCAGCGAGGAGUGUUGUUACCAAGACACGAAUCAAGUCAGGUAUCCUGCCAACUGUUACCAGCCCGACCCUCAGACUCACCCCACUUCACAGACAAGAGGGCUCCCCAAAAAGCUACGUGCAAAAAUCAGCCUUUCAUUUAUAACACACUCAAGAGGCUUGUUAGUGACAAGGAAUUCAAGAAGAAAAAGGAUCCUCCUUCCCCUCCCCUGGUCACGUGAAGAAGCUUUUAAGAAAGGAGUAACCACCCCCUGGCCACUUAGGGAUCCUCGGAGCAGCCAGCACAGGCCUGCUCGCACCUGUGCCCACAGCACAGGGUCACACAUGCCCCGGCAGAGGCCGGGGGGACACGGAGGGGGCGGCCUGCAGCCUGGUCUUGCAGGUGCAGAGGGGCCAGCAGGGGGAGGUCAGUUCACGAAGCAGGAGCAGGGGAAGCAAAGGCACAGAGGUGCGAACAGCCAGCGAGUAUUGGAGGAAGGGUCAGUGUGCUGGGGCCCCCAGAACACCCCGGGGUUCCAUGAUUCGCUAGGAGGACUCGCAGAGCCCGGCCCAGAGUCGUACUCGUGGCUAUUUUCACAAAAGGAUACGGAGCUUAAUCAGCAAAGGGAAAGGGUGUGAGGGCCACGUCUGGAGGAAACCAGGCUCAGGCCUCCCGGGGGCCCCUCCCAGUGGAGUCACACGCACUUAACGUCUUCAGCAACGAGGCGUGACAACACAUGUGAAAUGUUGUCAACCAGGGAAGCUCGUUAGAGAACCAACACUUGAGGUUGUCACUGGGGGCUGGUCAUGGGGGCACCCUCUGCCUGGCACGGACCCAAAUCCAGACUCCCAGAAGGAAGGUGGGGGUUCAGCAUAAACCCCACUGUCUGUACAAAUGGUUCAGGCCUAGUGGCCACUCUUAUCAGGGAGGGGUAGGAACCUUCCUGAAAUCCAAGUUUCCAGAUGCCAGCCAAGGUCCAACCUUGCAAACAGGCCUUUGUCUCAGGCCCGAGGUCUGAGACAUCAUUCUGCAUCAUUAGAAUGAAGGUGGGGAGGGAGGCUGUGGGCUGGGGCAGGGCGAGGUGGGGGCAGAUGGAGGCCACGUCAGGGAGGUCCUUCUAGGCCAGGCUGGACUUGAUCGUGGGGUGAUGGAGCCAUGGACAGAGGAUGACCUGGACGCAGGUGACUAGGUCCAGCCUGUGCUUAAGGAAGAUCCUUCUGGAAACUUUAUGGUGUCUGGAGGGGACGGGGGACAGCUGGGUAGGUGCAGAAAUCAGCUGGAGUCCAGUUCUGGAACUGGGCUUCACUGGGGAGGAUGACAGCAUGAGAGGCCCUGGGGGGAAGCGGGGCUGUGGGCAGGGAUGGGGAGGUGGCACUGCGCUGAGGGGUCCCGGGAGGCGGGGGGCAGAAGGUUGUGCAGGACCCCAGGAGCCUGUCCUGGGAGGAAGGCUGGUGGUUGGGGUGGGGUGGCAGGUGCGGGGUGGGAUGGGGGCAGGGACCCAGCUCUAGAGAAUCUGGGCUGGUGGCUGGGAGCUGGGGAGAGGCCGGAAGAGGAAGGCUGAGAAGCUGCCUGAAUUACAAAUAACCUCAGCCUCCUGGAGCAAAGCUGUUAAGAAUUAAACACAGGAGGAUGGAGUAACAGAGAAGUAGGGGGCGGGACAGGGAGAUGGAGGAGAAAACAGGAGCAUCUGGAGCACUUCAGACAAAAAGCAGAGCGGGCAUCAGCUCAGCCCUCCCCCCCCCACCCCCCCAACACACCCCAACUGACCAUCCCUGUGUGGCAGGCUCUGCACUGGGUGUGGACUCAGGUAACUCACUCCUGGACCAGUCCUGGGGGCUGGAAAGGUUCGGGGAGAGUGAUGGAAGCAAAGAUGGGGGGCCGGGGGCAGCACAGCCAGUGGGGAGGCCUGAGCCUGGGGUGGGCUCUGGAAGGGACCCCAGAGGCAGUGUGUUCAACCCCUGGGUGGGCAGGCUGAGGCUUGCCCGAGGUCACGUCACUCCCAAGUGGCAGCCCAGGUGUGUUUCCCACACCCUCAGGCGUGCACACAAGCACACACACACACCCCAGCUGCUAAAGGCAAGUCCUGUCUUGGACUGGUGGGGUGAGGGCAGCCCCAGGCCAUCCCUCGCUGACCCUGCCCUCCCCUCCCACUCUGCAGCAUCAAGAAGUCAACCUCCUUGGGCCCCCAGCUCCUGACCACCAGGCCCGAUGGCCCGAGCGAUGGCACGUGGGAGUCCCUGAGCACCUGGAGGCCCUGGGUCGGCAGCUGCAGGCCGUGCUGGUAUGAUGCCCAGAGGCACAGAUGGGGGUCCUCGGAGGUGCUGGUGGAGGAGCUUGCCGGCCCAUAGGCCUGAGCCGGGCACGUGACCACGUUGAAUCUCCGCAGCCCUGCCUUGCCCCACCUGUGAACCACCAAAGCCGGCCACCCAGAUUCCCCCACACCUGGAGGGCUUUGGCUCUUGGGAAGUAGAGAUCUCCAGGAAGCGCAUAGUGGGGGACAUGUGUGGGAAGACAUUCGGGAACCUUUCUGAAACCUUGAAAAUGUUGAAGUAUGUGGGCCGAGCGAUGGGAUUCAGAAUGUCCUGCUUGAGCAGUGGAGGAACUGAGGGUGCGGGGCGUGGAGACUAAUGUCACCCUGUUUGGCCCUGAAGGAUGGCUGGUUAGCCAAAGACGGGUAAGAUUCCUCAGAGGAGGAACAACCUAAGACAGGCACAGCCGCAGAGGGGCCAACAGGGGUGGUGCAUAGAGCCUUCCUUAUAUCGCCCUGUUUGGCCCUAGAGGAUGACUGGUUAGCCAGAGACGGGUAAGAUUCCUCAAGGGAGGAACAACCUAAGACAGGCACAGUCGCAGAGGGGCCAGCAGGGGUGGGGCACAGACCCCCAAUAUCUGAGAGAGGUCUCCUGCCCCCAGGGCUGUUUUGCUCUCCACCCCCAGCUCAAAUCCACACCUGCUCAACUCGGACCCAGGAAGUAAACAAAGAUAAUUGCCUCAGACAUGUGAGGCCUUUGAUUGUUUAUGGGAUUAACCUGGGAGUGUUAGACCCUUAGGCUAUGCCGAGAACUCAAUAAAGGCAAC